AUGGCUCCAGGUGUUAUUGACAACGGGGACCAGCCCCAGUCGGCCGUUAACUCUCCGUCUAAGCCGACUGUCUACAUCCUUGAUGCAUGGAACGACGAGGCCCUCGCCCAUGCUAAAACUCUCUUCAAUGUGAUUCAGCCCCAAGAUCAUGGAUUUCAUGAAUGGCGUCAAAAUGCAUCAGCUCUUUUGAUUCGAGGCUCCUACCUCACCGCCGAUGAUGUUGCAAGUUGCACAAGCUUGAUCGCCAUCGGAAAGCAUGGGGUGGGGAUCGACAAGAUCGAUCAAGAUGCAUGUGCAAAGCGCGGUAUCAAGAUAUGCAACACACCUGGCGCAAAUGCACGAGACGUUGCCGAGCUUGUCUUAGCUCUUACAAUGACAGUGGCUCGAGAUAUUCGAUCCAUCACAACUCGUCAGAUGACAAAGCCGGUUCCAAAGGCGACUUGCAACGGGUUGACUCUUCAUAAGAAAACACUUGGCAUUAUCGGCAUGGGUAACAUCGGCCGUACAGUUGCAGAGAUUUUUCGCGGAGCUUUCGACGCUGAAGUCAUCGCUUAUGAUGUUUUCAUGCCGGAUAACGCCUGGCCUCACAUCGACCACAAGAGAGUCCAGGAUGUCCAAGAGGUCAUCCAGAACGCCGAUGUUCUUUCCAUUCAUGUUCCCUUGACGAAUGAAACACGCAAUAUGAUCUCUUACAAGGAACUACUCUCAAUGAAGCAGAAUGCGAUUUUAAUCAACGCGGCAAGGGGUGGUAUUGUGAAUGAAACGGAUCUGACGAAAGCCCUUGCCGAAGGACAUCUUUGGGGCGCUGGACUUGAUUGUCAUGAGCAGGAGCCCCCAAGCGUGCAAAAGUAUGAAGCGUUAUGGAAAAAUUUGAAUGUCGUCAGCACACCUCAUAUUGGAGCUGCGACACGGCAAGCACAAACUGCGAGUGCCAUGGCUGCAGUUAACAAUUUGUAUGAAUACCUCAUUAGUCUACGUAAUUGA